UUUUGCAAGCCAACCUCAAUGCUCCUUGCAUGUAACUAACAGCUGCUAGUAUAAAAGAGCUGGCCCAGUGCUUGGUUUAUAACAAACUCAAGCAAUUAAGCAUUUCCAUUUGCCAAGCAACAGAAGUCAUCAUUGUCUGGAAGUCUAAAGACUUCAAUUGAUAGAGCACUAGUCAAUAUGCUAGUAGCUGACUUUCAACCAGCGUCCGUUGUUGAAGAUGAAGGUUUUAUUCGAUUCUUGAAAGUCAAUGAUCAGAGAUAUCAGCCUCCAAGUCGUCGUACUCUCAUGCGUGACCACCUUCCACAGCUAUAUGAGGAAAAGGUAGCAGAGCUGCAGGAGAAACUCAUGUCCAUUGAACAUUGUACUCUGACCACUGACUUGUGGACAUCAAAUCAGACAAUGGGUUACCUCACUGUCACUUGCCACUUCAUUUCACAAAGCUGGGAAAUAGAGUCCUAUGUGCUGGAGACAACUCAUGUGGAUCAAGCACAUACUAUAGAAAAUCUUGCAUCAGAGUUAAUGACUAUCACUGACAAAUGGAAUAUUAGUUCCAAAGUUCAUUGCACUGUCACUGACAAUGCUACCAACAUCAAGGGAGCUGUGAGAGCAAAUGCAUGGAAUCAUCUCUCAUGCUUUGCUCAUACUCUCAAUUUAAUUGUUAGUAACUCGUUGAGCUCAGUUCCAGAAGCACAAUCACUAAUUCAAAGUGUAAAGAAUAUUGUUACCUUUUUUCGUCGUAGCACAAAAGCAAUGGAUAAAUUGACUGUAAUGCAAUCUCGGCUUAAUAUUCCACAACAUAAACUGAUUCAGGAUAUUGAAACUCGAUGGAAUUCAGUCUUUUAUAUGCUAGAGCGAUAUUUGGAGCAGGAGGAGGCUAUAAGGACUACCCUUUGUAUGAUGGAUAGGAAUGACCUUCUCAUUCCCACUGAGAAAAACUCAGAGCUCUCAGAGAUGGUGGAUAUCCUCAGACCAUUUGAAGCUGUAACUCGAGAGAUGUCUGCUGACAAAUAUGUCUCCAGUUCCAAAAUAAUACCUCUGGCAAAAGGUUUACAACGAUGCAGCAGCAACAGUAACAACAAGAUUAGUGAAGCAUUAUGUUCUCAGAUGUCAGGAAGAUUUCUCAAUAUGGAAGCCAAUGUUCUAAUUGCUUCAGCAACACUGCUUGAUCCACGCUUCAAAAAAAUUGGAUUCUCUGAUCAGAGAGCAGGUGAUCAAAUAGCUCGACAUUUGACAGCUGAGAUAACACAGAUGAUGAGAUCCAGAGAAGCAACUAGUCAAACAACAGCCACAGCUACAACCAAUGAAGUGGCCCAGGACACAGCUGAUUCUGUAUGGAGGUUUUUUGAUGAACAGGUCUCUUCUCAAUCUAACAUGCAUCCUGGGGUGACUGCCUUCUCAGAGGUAGAUAAGUAUUUUAAAACUCCAGUAUUACAAAGGACAGAAGACCCACUUAACUGGUGGAAAGAGAACAGUCAAGUUUUUCCUCAGCUAGCUCCACUAGCAAGAAAGUAUCUCAGUCUAUUGGCAACUUCAGUACCUUCUGAAAGACUGUUUAGCAAGGCGGGUGAGCUAGUAUCCCUGAAAAGGAACAGACUCAAGCCAAAGAACGUGAACAUGUUUCUUUUCUUGAAUAAAUAUCAUUAA